AUGCUGCACAUUCCGAAGCCGAAGGUUUUCCCCACGUGUCCAAGUCGGCAAUUUCCUGCACAGGGUUUUCCCUCGCCAAUUCAUAUCACCUUGCUUGUCAAGGUCUCCCAAGGUCAUAAAUACCAAACAGGUACAAACAAACUACCCAGGGCCCCAGGGGCCAUGGGGGUCUUUUCUUGCAUAUCGCGCACGCGAGCGGGCAAGCAUGAACAAACAAACUUUCUACGGGCCAUGGGGCUCUUUUCUUGCAUAUGGCGCACGCGAGCGAGCAAACCGGUGCAAACAACUGGUCUUUUCAAAACAUGA